AACUCUCCGCUCACAUCCUGCCUGAGAGGGAGAGGAGGAGGAAGGCAGCACACAAGGCGACCACAAGUCAAGAGAGACAACUUUUACGCAUUCUUUUCGAGUGGCAAAAACAACAUUUUCCUCUAUAUUCUCGCAUUUUCCAUCAACUGGAUGGUGUGUUUCGCGAAAGUGAACUUAAGUUUAUUAUGACGCUCGUGGAAGCUGAGGUGAGGGUGCGCGUGAGAGGAAACCCUUGCACGUUGUUCUCGUUUGGAUGUUUAUUGGCCCCUUAAUCAAAAGUUAAAGCCAACAUCGUAAAGCCUAUAGCUUCAUCAUCGGGACGGGACGUGAACGUAGUGCCGAGGUAGAUACGUUUUCCGCCCGAGGGAAUGGAUUGAUGUCCAUUGACAAGAAGAAGUCACUGAGAGAAGCAUCUGGAUUCCGUGAUGCACAUGUGAAAGUUUCCCCGAUCCGAAUUGGUUUCGUUCGGACAAGGGGAGACUUUCAUGGAUUUUUCAUGUGGGACCCGCUAGGAUGGACGUGGUAGAUGAAACCGAAGCGUUACAGAGGUUUUUUGAAGGUCAUGAUAUUACCAGCUCUCUGGAGCCAGCCAACAUCGACACCAGUAUCCUGGAAGAGUACAUCAGCAAGGAGGACGAUAGCACUGACAUCUGUUUCUCAGAGGUCCACAGCGCCCCGGGACCAAAUUACUCAUCUCCCCAGGCAGGAGUUUCCUCAGCUGGGGGGUUGGUGUGUGGUGUGAGCCCCCCUAUUCCACUGCGCCAAGGAGCCCCUCUGCCUGGGCCCCAGAACUGUCAGAACGCCUACCAGCAAGGUCCAUCCCUGGGCCUCCGACACAACUACUCCUGCCUGGGCCAGCAGCAGCAGCAGCAGCAGCAGCAGCAGCAGCAGCAGCAGCAGGUUCACGUCAAGCCCGAGCACAGGGGCCACUACGCUCCAGGGACGCUACCCGAGUCCCCCCCAGACUCCAGCUCAGAGCCGUACUCUCCUCAGCAGGUGAAUGACCCUCACAUGAUCAGGACCAUGACACCAGAGAACAUGUGUCACAUGACUCCAACGCCACCCCUUCCACCACAUGGGCACUAUCCCAACAUGCAUCGUGACAUGUACCUGAAGCCUGAGCCCAUGAUAUCCCAGUAUCCUAUUGGUCCGGCCACAAGCGGGGGUGGAGACAUGCAGCAGACGCAAAUGCUCCAUCAGCUGCUGCAGCAUCCUCAAGGGCAGGACGGCAUCCCUGUCCACCAGGCCAAGAAGAGGAAGCACUCCGACUCUCCCAACAGCACCCUCAAUUCCCAAAUCCUCACAGGUAUCAUCAAGCAAGAACCAGCAGGUUUGAUGCAGGAUGCAGACAACUCCUACCUGGACCCGAACUAUCAGUGCAUCAAGUGGCAGCCUCACCAGCAGAACAAGUGGACACAACUAUAUGACGCAAACUGCAAAGAGCUUCCGAUGCCAACCUACCGCGUUGAUGCAGACAAGGGCUUCAACUUCUCCUUGGCUGACGACGCCUUUGUUUGCCAGAAGAAGAACCACUUCCAGGUGACCGUCUACGUAGGCAUGCUGGGAGAUCCCAAGUACAUAAAGACAAAUGAAGGCCUGCAGACCAUUGACUGCUUCUAUCUCAAACUCAACGGAGUAAAGGUGGAGGCCAUGAAUCAGUCCAUCAGUGUGGAGCAGUCACAGUCUGACCGCAGCAAGAGGCCCUUUAAGCCAGUGCUCGUCACCCUGCCAUCAGAGCAGGUCACUAAGGUCACAGUGGGACGGCUCCACUUCAGCGAGACCACAGCAAACAACAUGAGGAAGAAGGGCAAACCAAACCCAGACCAGAGGUAUUUCAUGCUGGUGGUGGCGCUGCAUGCUCAGUCCCACAGUCAGACCUACACUGUGGCGGCUCACGUGUCUGAGAGGAUCAUCGUCAGGGUAACGUCUGGCCAUGCAUCAAACCCGGGCCAGUUUGAAAGUGACAACGAAGUGCUGUGGCAGCGUGGCCAACUGCCAGACUCGGUUUACCACCACGGGAGAGUCGGCAUCAACACGGACCGGCCGGACGAGGCUCUGGUCGUCCAUGGAAACGUGAAGGUCAUGGGCUCCCUGGUGCACCCGUCGGACAUCAGGGCCAAAGAAAAUGUCCAAGAGGUGGACACCACAGACAAUUUGAAACGGAUUUCUCAGAUGAGGCUGGUCCAUUAUCAUUACAAGCCUGAAUUUGCUGCCUCGGUGGGAAUAGAGAAUACUGCAGAGACCGGAGUGAUCGCUCAAGAGGUUCAACAGAUCUUACCUGAAGCAGUGAAGGAGGGGGGUGACGUGGUGUUUGCCAACGGAGAAACUAUUCCAAACCUGUUAGUUGUCAACAAGGAUCGCAUCUUCAUGGAGAACGUGGGCGCUGUGAAGGAGCUUUGUAAGCUCACAGAUAACCUGGAGACUCGGAUAGAUGAACUGGAGCGCUGGAGCCGCAAACUGGCAAAGCUGCGGCGUCUCGACAGCAUGAAGAGCACAGUGAGCGGAGGCACUGUCAGCCAAUCAGGGAGUUAUUUCAGCAGAACAGGGAGUGGCCCACUCAAGAAGAACACAACAAAACCUGGAAGCAAGAAUUCGCCUCCAGAUCAAGGCUGCAUCAGCCAGAGGUUCAUGCAGGCAGCCAUCCUGGCACUGGUUGUUGUCAUGGCCUUCAGUGUCAUUUCUAUGUCGGUCCUUUAUGUGUUGACCCUUCACCACAGAGGAGACGUGUCAGAGAGGGAUGGCUAUUUUCCUUCCUGUAUUCUUUACAUCUCUUGGAUGCCAAUCUUCACUGCCACUGUAACUUUCUGUCCACCUGUCUGCCCAUGGUCGAGAGCUGCUCUGGGAUCCUCACGCAAGAGUCAGUUUACUCCGCUGACCACCACCCCUGCUCCAGCCUGCUGUUCACCCACAGCCAUCAACAACCAAUCAGCUACAGUGUUGUCACUGGUUAACAACCAAUCCACACCAGAUGUAGGCAGUCUAGUUCCUACACCGAGCACCAUUAAUAAAAAGGCCAAGUCCAGAUUAAUGGACAAAGAGGCCCGCAGUAGAAACCGCCUGAGUCACACCUCAGCACCUUUGUACUUUGCCAAGUCAAAAAGACCAGCACCUACAGACCUUGACGGUGGGGGAACUGCCAACCGUCUGCCCGUGGGUCAGCUGCCAGUUUCACGCAGACAACGCAGCCUGCACACAAAGGGAGGAAGGUCAGCUCCCUCUCUGAGUAGUCUACAAAUCGUGGAGACAAACCAAGUGAUCACAACACAACGUUGUGCAACUCCUGAAAGCUGCAGCUACACAGUAUCCGUCCAUGGAAAGAGAAAUUCUUCCAUCUCACAAAUCACUUUGCACAUGACGUCUAAGAACAAUGUGUGGGUAAGACAAUGUGGUGCGACCUUGGGACGAUUAUGCCCCAACCACACAGAGACAGAGCUCUACAGAGGACAGAGUACAUCAUCAAAGGGAACUCAUCAUCUGUGGUCUGUACCCGUGCUGUCUUUCCAGGACGUCGCCUAUCACUUCCGUGUCUCCCUGUCUAGUGAAGUGAGCUGUGCCGCUGAAGGAGAAAACUCAUCCUCUGACUACCAUCUUCUUUUUCAAAGCAACUGUGCGUGAAAAAAGAAGAGGACAUGUCCCAGUGUCUUUACAUGCUCACAUUUUCCUUUAUGGUUCCAUUUGUACGUUGUUGGGAUGGGAUUGGUUUUUGGUCUCCUUAUUGUACAUUAUUUUAAAGAUAUCCAUACAGAACCCACUAUAUUACACCUUCCCCAUCGUUAUCCCAUCUACAUGUACAUGCAUUAAGACAUCUCUUUUUGCUGUGAUCACUGGAAUAUAAAACACUGUUCUUUUUUUUUCUUUUGUCACUGAAAAUGUUUUCGAUCACUUUAACCUUGUUGUUUCAUUGUUAACUACUCUUGUGUAAGUUAUGCCUUGAGUUUCUUGCUCAUUUAUUCAAUGGUCACGAUGUCAUUUGUACUUACAUUAAGCCAUAAUUAUUUUUUAGCCAAAUUCAAGUUUCCUAAUGAGUUACAAGCUAAGAUACUGUGGAAAACUCUAUGCACAUUUGCAUAUUUUUUUAUAAAAUGAAUUUUAAAGUACACCGAAACCAACAAAUAAACACUGAUUAGUAUUUUUUUACACUGGAAAGAAGAUGGUUGACUUCUGCUGAAGGCCUCAGUGAAUGGUUGCAUCUUACACUGAAAAGAUACCUCAGUAGUGCACGCUGGCAAAUCCUGAGUCUCUACAGCAGAGCAUAGUGUAGUAUUAAGAUGGGCAUAUACAUUUGAAGACCACUGAGUCCUUUUCAUUAAAGGUGAUUCCCUUGAUCAAAUGUGCUAUGACUGGAAAUAACUCUGGAACAUUAAAAGUAGAAACACUGAAAGCUUUAAGCAUCUGAUCGUAGAAAUGCAACAAGUCCAACACUGACAACAUUUCAAGAAACACUGGAAUAGCUUAAACUGUAUUUCACUAACUGUGCAGAACACUGGGGAGGCAGAAAUGGCAGAUUACACUUUGUGCGCAUGUUCAAUCCAUUCUUGUAAAUGGGACAUCUCAGCUCAGCGGCAACUCGAAUGCUUCUUCAGCUUUGAAAAUGUCAUUUUAAUAUCUGGUUCAUAAAGCUGAAAAAAAGAAUUGAAACUCUAGAAGUAAAAUGGACUUCAUACACUGGCCUUAUUCGUGACUUUAUCUGGAUAUUUUUUUUUCCUGUGCCUAUACAAUUAAGAAUAUAACAUUAAUAAAAAAGAAUAACAAUUUAAAGAUAACUGAUUUGUAUAGUGUUUUAUCUUCCAUUAUCCUUUCUUGUUUUGAGGCAUUAUUGUGUUACGCUCUAUUCUUUUGUAAAAUUGGUUGAAAUGUUUGUUUGAAUCCAUAUCCCUUAUGUGUCUGUAUUCAAAAAGAAAAAAAAACACACAAUAGUGUAUGUCAAAUGUUAAAUCAAUAUUACAUAGGAAAAACAGCCAUCAGACAAAAGUUUAUGGAAGUUAGCAGAAUAUUAAGACUGUAAAAUGCUUUGACUAUUAUAAUUAUGACUUCAGUGGGUAGGUAGCGGGUACUAUUUUAGCUUAUUUAUAAUGCACCAGAUAGCAUAAUGAAACCACUGUAGCACUUUUGCACUGUCUUUAUGAAACGCUGUUGCUCUAUUCAGUGCAGCAGACUGUUUUCAUAUACUCUGGUAGAACUGCAUUACAUUUAACUGUAAAGCUUCAUUGUGUUACUACCAGUGCUCCUUUUUAUCUGAUAUGUUUGACGAUAUUGUUUUUAAAGUGUAUUUGUUUGUUUGUUCUUGUAGGCUACCAUCAAUAAUAUAUCAACGUUUAUCUAAUGGAGCCCAGAAAUGAUGAAUUAGAAUAUAAACAUGUAAACAUAUACACACACAUACACGCGCGUGCACACACACUAGCACUAUUUCUUUAAACAAAAAUGCCAUAACACUAAAAGAACGUUGAAUAUAUUCUAAUAUCAUUACUUUUUGUAGCCCAUGUAUCAUAACAUUUGUAAACCAUUUUGUCAAAAAAAUAUGCUGUAAUAUUAUGAAGCAUGUAGUAAAUACAUUUUUGAUUGAA